AUGCGACGACAAACCGUUUACACGCUGAUCUUGGCAAUCUCUCUCUUCAACCUGUUGGCGGCAACCACGCCCAUUGCGAGCAAUGAACUUGUGCGCAAGACGCGCCACAUUGGCGGCGGCGGCGGCGGCGGCUUUGUGGGCGGCGGCUUUGUGGGCGGCGGCUUGGUGGGCGGCGGCGGUGGCUACGUUGCAGCACCUGCCAUCCAAACGUUGCCCGUGAUAAGCACGGUGCCUGUUAUCACCACGGUGCCUGUGAUCUCCACCAUUUCGACAGUCCAAACGAUUCCCAGCUUUGGCUACGGAGGGGGAUACGGCGGGGGAUACGGAGGUGGCUACGGAGGGGGUUACGGAGGUGGCUACGGAGGUGGCCUCGGUGGAGGCAGCUUUGUGGGCGGCGGCAUUGGCUUUGCCAAGUUCAAAGGAUUCGGCUUUGGCGGCGGCUUUUUGGGCUGA